GCCUUGUUUUGCAGCGAGAUAACACCACAUGUGGCACGGCGCAGGCUUUAAAUAGUGCGUGUUGUUUUCUCUCUCUGUGUCUGUGUGUGUGUGUGUGUGUUCUGGAUUACUGAUCGGGCUUUUUAUUUUUUCUUCUUCUUUUUUUUGGGACCGUAUUCGACUGGAAAUGGAGUAAUAGUUGGAACUUUUUCACGGCUUUUCCUCCGGGCUUUUUGUUUUUUGUGGAUCUGCUCUGCGAUGAGUGAAGAGGAGCUGAGAAGCUCCCCCGCUGCUUUUAGAGAGUGAGGAGGAUUAGGCUGGAGCUCAGUGGAGGCACGACGGCACUCUCACACGGCAACCAGAGCUGGAGCCAUGAGCAGGGCGCUUACGGAGCACAUCAGCAGUAGCUUCCGAGAAGAUGCUCCUCGUCCUCCGGUGCCGGGGGAGGAGGGAGAGGCGUCAUGCUACAACCCCAGCAGAUCUGGCAAAAUGAGAGCCCAGAGCAAGGUUAAAGAUUCGCCCGCCGUCGCCGCCGCGCCUCCCGGCUCCACACCGCGGAGGAACGAGGAUGGACUCGGGGAGCCAGAGGGCAGCGCGUCCCCGGACUCGCCCUUAGUCCGGUGGACGAAGUCGCUGCAUUUUCUGCUGGGCGACCAAGACGGCGCUCACCUCUUCAAGACCUUCCUGGAGCGGGAGAACUGCGUGGACACUUUGGACUUUUGGUUCGCCUGCAACGGCUUCAGGCAGAUGGACCUAAAGGAUACCAAAACGUUGCGAGUUGCCAAAGUUAUUUUCAAGCGGUACAUCGAGAACAACAGCAUUGUCGCCAAGCAGCUGAAGCCGGCCACCAAGACCUUCAUAAGGGAUAGUAUUAAGAAGCAACAAAUAGACUCUGCCAUGUUUGACCAGGCACAGACGGAAAUUCAGUCCAACAUGGAAGAGAACGCAUACCAGAUGUUUCUGACCUCUGACAUAUACCUCGAAUACGUGCGCACCGGCUGCGAGAACGCGGCGUACAUGAACCACGGCGGGCUGGGCAGCCUCAAGCUGAUGUGCGGAUACCUUCCUCCUCUCAUCGAGGAGGAGGAAUGGAGUUGUACCGACCUGAAGGCGAAAGCGCUGGGCUCUGUGGUUGGACUGUCAGCGAAAAACCUGAGGGCUACUGCUACCAUCCGGACGGCAGCUGAAGUGCUGGAGAACAGUUGCAGGUCCCACCGCCGAGGAGACCCCGCCAGCCCCUACUUCGUCAACUCGGGCUACAUCUUCGCCCCCGCCACCAGUGCCAAUGACAGCGAGAUCUCCAGCGACGCCACGACGGACGACUCCAUGUCGAUGACGGACAGCAGCGUAGAUGGAAUCCCUCCGUACAAACUGGGCACCAAGAAGCAGCUCCAGCGAGAGAUGCAUCGCAGUGUCAAGAUCAAUGGCCAGGUUACGCUACCCCACUUUCCUAGGACACACCGGCUGCCUAAGGAGAUGACCCCUGUCGAGCCCUCGGCCUUCGCCGCCCAGCUCAUCGCCCGGCUGGAGAAGCUGAAGCGAGAGCAGGACACGAUGAGCUCGCUGGAGGAGAGGCUGCAGCAGAUCCAGGAGGAGGAGGAAAGAGAGGAGAGCAGCGACCUCACCGGCAGCAGCUCCCUCCACCAUCCUCUGCUCCCGUCCGGCAGCCAGUGUGAGGAAGACCCCCAGGCCAUCCUCGACGAGCACCUGUCACGUGUCCUGAAGACGCCCGGCUGCCAGUCGCCCGGCGUGGUCCGGCACUCGCCACGCUCGCGUUCCCCGGAUCGGACGGGCGCCGUGGUGUCGGCCGGCCACGGGCCCUUCUUCGGUGCUUACCCCGGGGCCGCCAAGGUUCUGAUGUCGGGCAGGCAGUCCACAAAGCACAUCCACCACCACUACAUCCACCAUCACCACGCUGGGCCAAAGACCAAGGAGCAGAUCGAGGCCGAGGCGGCUCAGCGAGUGCAGUGCCUCUGCCCUCAAGGGGGCGCCAAUUACUCCGACUUCACACCUGCUCGCUGCAGCACUUUGUCCAGACGGCCCGUCAAGGCCUCCGACGAGGGCGUGUCUUCGCCUCGCCUUCCCCUAGUCGCCACCGACCGCUCUCAGAAUGUUUGGCAGUGGAUCCUGGAGAGCGAGAGGCAGGGCAAGCACAAGCCACACAGCACUCAAGGCCUGAAGAAGUCCAACCCGCUCGACUCCAAGACGCUGCCCGGUCGAACCUCUUGGGGUGGAGGCGGCAUUGGCAACGGGGCUCACCUCCGCGGCCACCACCCGGGCCACCCUUACAUCCAGGACCCGGCCAUGCCCCCCCUACCCCCGCCCAACACCCUGGCACAGCUGGAGGAGGCCUGCCGCAGACUAGAGGAGGUUUCCAAGCCGCCAAAACAAAGGCAUUCAACAGCAGCCAGCUGCCUUCAGAGAGACAGGAGCCAUCCAGCCGCCGCCUUCCCCGCCGGAGGCAGCUCGCUAUCCAGCCCUGGACUCCAAACAGACGAGUCCAAGGAGCUGGUGGUCACCUACUUCUUCUGCGGCGAGGAGAUUCCCUAUCGCAGCAUGAUGAAGACCCACUGCCUCACCCUGGGUCACUUCAAGGAACAGCUCAGCAAGAAAGGCAACUACCGGUACUACUUCAAGAAGGCGAGCGAUGAGUUUGAGUGCGGCGCCGUGUUCGAGGAGGUGUGGGAGGAUGCCACUGUGUUGCCCAUGUAUGAGGGCAAAGUCCUGGGCAAAGUGGAGAGGAUGGACUAAAAAGAAAAAACAACAACAAAUAAACAACAACAACCAACCGAUGCCCUUUCCCCGCCCAACCAAAAGCUAAGAAACUUGAGCGAGAGACUCUGUAAUUUACACGAAGCAGAAAAGAAAAACACUCUGGACUCCUUUUUUUUUUUUUUUUUUGUUAAUUUUCUAUUUCUUAAUAUUAAGCUAAACAGAGUUAAUAUAUCCAGCACAAGAGGAGCGAUUGAAGGAAGACGAGCCAAUGAAGUAUGCCGAAACCCCGAGGAGGCGCCGCCCCUUUCCUGACUUUCUCAACCAAUCAGCCUUAGAAACACAAGGGAAUGACACGAGAGACUUAAAAAGAAACCAGACCAAUACGAAGAUGAUGAUGAUGAUGAUGAUGAUGAUUGGAGGCCAGUGGGGGGGGGAGGGAGACCCUGCCUCUUCUUGAAUAUAACCACUGAAGAUGUAGAUGAGCGUUGUGAUGUGACGACAGACUGAAGCCAACCUGCUCUUAACAUCACACUCCAACACAAACGUCCGUACGUGUGCAUAUACAUACAUGCCUAUAUGUAUAUAUACAUGUAUUAUAUAUAUAGAUGCUUUUGUCAUGAGUUGAAAGUUUUUAUUAAGUAUUUAUUGAAAAAAACAACAACAACAACCCUCCCCCUCCCCAUUUCCCUUUUUAUUUCCAGCCAAUGGGCAAGCUGCUUUGAAUGUUGGGAGAAUACUGUGGUGAUGAUGAUGAUGAUGAUGUUUUUUUGUUUUAAUGUUACACAAAAGGACGUGACACUAAAGCCUAGCGCCUCCCAUAGCCUUGUAGCCACGUCCGACCCAAACUAACAACCUUAGCGGCGGCGGCGGCGGCGGCGGCGCUGUCCGAGGCGCGCUCCCUCCUUCCACUAUUCUAAUGGUCAGUCCCAGUCUUAUAUGCUGCUGAUAGUUUCUACCACACUAGCAUCUCCUCCCCCCGCCUCCUUCUCCCCUUUUCUCCUUUGUCUCAGUCCGGCGACGGAGCUCAAUCUUUUUUUGUUGUGCCUUUGUUGGUAAAAAAAAAAAAAAAACAACAGAAAAAAAAAAAAAAAAGCAAACAGGCAUUGCACAGGGAUUGGGGGGUGGUGGUGGUGGUGGUGGUGGUGGUGGCAGAUCCACACACAGAGGAGACCUGGAGCACAAGUUGUACCAUCUAAUAAUGGCAGUGUUUACAGCCCCAACACCAAAAUAACUUGUGCUAACAAGAAUCAGUUUGGGUCGCUGAGAAACGACUUCUUGAGGAAGUCGGCUAGCGUGUCAGAAAACACACACAAACACACACACACACAUGAAAAAAAAAAAAAAGGACAACAAUUG